CCUAAGUAUGGCCCAGAAGGCCACGGAAUGUCCGCCAGAGGAAACCCUGUCGCUCUGGAAACGGGAACAAGCCAGGCUGAAGGCGCUCGUAGUGGAACGUGACACCGAGGCCUGGCAGCAGGACCCCACCUUCUCCGGCCUGCAGAGGGUCGGGGGUGUGGACGUGUCCUUCGUAAAAGGGGAUAGUACCCAGGCCUGCGCUUCCCUGGUGGUGCUGAGCUACCCAGAGCUCAAGGUGGUAUAUGAGGACAGCCGCAUGGUUGGCCUGAAGACCCCUUAUGUGUCAGGCUUCCUGGCCUUCCGAGAGGUGCCCUUCCUGGUAGAGUUGGUACAGCAGCUGCAGGAGAAGGAUCCAAGCCUCAUGCCCCAGGUCCUUCUUGUGGAUGGAAACGGGGUGCUUCACCAGCGAGGCUUUGGGGUGGCCUGCCACCUUGGUGUCCUUACAGAGCUGCCCUGCAUUGGGGUGGCCAAGAAGCUCCUGCAGGUGGACGGGCUGGAGAAUGAUGCUCUGCACAAGGAGAAGAUUGUGCUCCUGCAGGCUGGGGGAGACACAUUUCCUCUGGUGGGCAACUCUGGGACUGUCCUAGGAAUGGCCCUGAAGAGCCAUGACCGCAGCACCAAUCCCCUCUAUGUCUCUGUGGGACACAGAGUAAGCCUGGAGGUCGCUGUACGCCUGACCCACUGUUGCUGUAGGUUCCGGGUCCCAGAACCUAUACGCCAGAGCUCCCUCCUGACAAUUCCACUUCCCCAAAGUUCUCCAAGGAGGGACUGGUGCCUGUCUCUAGGGUCUGCCUUCCCUCUGCUCUGGUACGUACCCAGACUCUAGUACAAGCCAGUAGGGCUAUUGGUUUUAGGCCCUGCUGCCUUCCUUGCACCAGGUCUAGGCCCUGCCCAUCAGGACAGCCCACUGCCCAUGGCCUACUUCCCUUGGCUGAGGAGAAGCUGUUUUCAGGAUUAGCUGUUGCUCUCAGUGAGUCAUGAUCCCAAAGCUAAGCUAAACCCAUCUGAGCUGGGAUCAGGGGCUUCCUGAGGCCAGGCACCUAGAGGUGGCAGCGUGGGGGUGGGGGUAUAUCAGCUCUGAGUCCCACCCCGUCCCUGCCUGUGGCCCACAAGCCCUUUUUAAUUGUGAUAACUUGCCAAACUUUCUGGAGGUGGGCAAGUGUUGGUUACACUUGACACCCAUCAGAGGGACAGCCAGAGAUGAUAGACACCUGGCCUGUGGAUCAGAGGAGAGGUCUGGGCAGCAUGGAGAAGCUGGAGCUCUGGACCCAGGUUUCACCAGGUCAGCCAGCUAUGCUGGGAGGAGCCAGGGUCCUCAGCCUAUUCACCUCAGCCCUAUGGCUCCGGCAUCUCUGUGAGCUGCACACUUGUGGGACUAUGUCCCCAAAGGACACGAUAGCCUGUGUGGGCUGCCUCUGGAAGGGUAUAAAGUGGUUCCAGGCUGGCCACAGCUGUGUGUCUUUCAGGCUGACAUCCGCUCUCGAGAGUACAUCCGAAGGACUCUAGGACACUCUGGGUCUCCUGCACAAAAGAA